CCUCGUUCUAUUGGCUCACCGUCUGGAAACGUGUCAUAAACAGUGAAGUACGGAUGGGGACAGUAAAUCCUGGAUAUAAACUGUUUUCAUUUAAUUUAAAAUGAAGGCAUAAAUCGUUUUUAAGUAUUUUCGUUUCGGAAAGGUGAAGAAAAAAUGGAGCAAAAUAUUCAAAACCUCCCCAUCGACAUACAGACGAGCAAGCUGCUGGACUGGCUGGUGGAUCGACGUCACUGUAAUCUGAAAUGGCAAAGUGAAGUAACAGUUAUCAGAGAGAAGAUCAAUGCUGCCAUCCAGGACAUGCCUGAAAACGAGGAGAUCAAGAAGCUGCUCUCCGGCUCCUACAUUCACUACUUUCACUGCCUGAGGAUAGUCGAGAUACUGAGGGGAACUGAAGCGUCGUCCAAGAACAUCUUUGGCAGAUAUUCAUCUCAGAGGAUGAAGGACUGGCAAGAGAUUGUGUCCCUUUAUGAGGUUGAUAACAUCUAUCUGGCGGAGACGGCGAGCCUGCUGAGCCGCAAUGUGAGCUAUGAAGGCCCGGCUCUGAGGAAGCAGCUGGCUAAAGCCCAGCAGCUACAGCAGGAGCUGAGCAGGCGGGAGGGGGAGUGUCAGAGCUCGGCCUCCGACCUGAGGGGACGCUACUACGCUGCCUGCAAACAGUACGGCAUCACAGGAGAGAAUGUUCCCAGAGAGCUUCAGGCUCUGGUCAAAGAUUUACCCGCGUUUCUUGACGAAGUCGGGAUGGAUGCAGCAAAGUUAGAAGAGCAAAUCAAACUUUAUACGGCUUUCACAAACUUUGUAUGUGAGUGGUCUGAACCGGUCCUGCCCAUGCUGACGUUUGCCCAGAAGAGAGGAAACGCGACGUUUUAUGAGUGGAGAACGGGGAAAGUACCCACCGUUGUUGAGAGGCCAUUUGUGGAAGAAGCAGCUGCUGAGACAGCCACAGACGAUACGAUUGACUGGGGGGACUUUGGCAAAGGAGCAGACCCUCAGGUUGUGAACUCUGGGAUCACAGUGGAGGAUGGAAUCGACUGGGGCAUCAGUCUGGAGCCGAGCUCUGAGGAUACUGGUGCUGGAGGCAUCGACUGGGGCGACAGUGAACCUGCUCCAAUAGAAAUUGAAAUUGUGGAUGCAGGGACAGACUGUCCUGAGGGUGUGGCGAGGGGGGAGGACGCUUUAAGUAUACUGGAGAACUCUGAGUCUCGCAGCCAGUUCAUUGAUGAGCUAACGGAGCUGGAAGUGUUCCUGACUCAGCGGGUCACUGAGAUGGGAGAGGAGGGAGACGUGGUCGCCAUGAGCCAGUUCCAGCUGGCCCCAUCCGUCAUACAAGGCCAAAGCCGUGAACACGUCAGGGAGAUGCUGUCUGAGGUGCAGGACCUCCUGGGCCGGCUCACCUCUCUCAGGAUGCAGCACCUGUUCAUGAUCCAGGCGUCGCCACGGUAUGUUGAGCGUGUGUCUGAGGUGCUGAGACAGAAGCUGAAGCAGGCAGACAUUUUGGUACUGAAAGCAGCCACAAUGGUUGAGAAAAGGAAAGAGGCCCUGGAGGAGCAGUCCAGACUAGAGCCUCGUGUUGACCUGAUGGCAGUAUGCACCCGGGAACUCCAGAAACAGAUUGAAGCUGACAUUUCAAAGAAAUACCACAAAAGACCGGUCAACCUUAUGGGAGUAAACAUAUAGUGAACCUAACAGAGUUAAAGUAUUGAAUCAUGACCAACUACAGGAAAUAAAAACUGGUAUUUAAUUAAA